AGAUGUGUGUGUAUAUAUAAAUAAAUAUUGAGACGACUCGAAGGCAAUUUUCUCAAAAGAAGCAAAGCCCUAGCGUCCUCUCUGUUCCUUUCAAAGAUCUGUGUUCCGGUUUCGGCUGCUGAUAGCGUCUUGUGUUCUCUAAAUCCGUUGAUUUGUUUUCGUCUAUAGAUUCGUAAUCUGUUGUGGGCUUGCCUCUCCUCUUUUGGAUUAUCGUACCUCACACUCGCAUCAGAUGCACUUUUGGUUAUUUUCAUACCAAAAUGCAGAUUUUCAGUUGCUUUUUCUAUACAAAUGGACUGCAAGAAGUUCAUCCAGAUGGUUGAGGAGAAGAAACGACGAGUUCUAGAGAAGCAAGAAGCUCCUUUGAAAUGGGAGCAGAAGCUAGAGGCGGCUGCCAAUGCUAAAGCUGACACAGAAACCAAAGUAAAGAAGUCAAAGGGCACUAAGAAAAAACAAAGGGGUGCAUCUGAAUCUAGCUCAGAAAGUGAUAGUAGCUCUGAGGUGAGAAGAAAGUCUAGAAGAUCUCACAAUAGGCACCGAAGACAUGCACACUUUGAUUCAGAUGACAGUGAUCGGAGGAAAGAGAAGAAAUCCAAGAGGCAGAAAAGGAGCGAUGAUAGCACUGAUGAUUAUGAAAGCGGGUCAGAGGAUGAGCUGAGGCACCAUCGGAGGCACAAGUGGCAUAGCUCAAGAAAGACUUGCGAUGAUGACAGUACCGAAGAUGUGAGAAGAAGACAUUUAAAGCGUCACAGGCGCAGUGAGUUGGUCACUUCAAGUGAUAGUGAGGAAGAGAGUGGAAGAAGAAGGCGAGGCAAAUAUCACAGGCACAAAAGAGGUUCAGCCUCCUCGAGUGGCUCGGAAGAAGAUAGUGGGAAAAGUAGGAAGAGAAGGCAACAUAAAAGGCAUCAUUUGGCUGAGUCUUCAAGUGAGGAAGAUGGAGCAAUGAGGAGGAUGAGGCAUCAUAAACAUGACAGAGAUUCAGCAUCCGAGUCUGAUGGAAGAAGGUUAUCAGAUGAGAAAAGAGAGCAAAACUUGGACAAAUGAAAAUGAAAAUGAAAAUUGUAUUUGUUUAAUUCACAUCAUAAGAACUGAAUGUUGUGUUGAAUUAUUGUGUUGCCACUCUGUUCUUUGAUUUUCAUUUUACAUUUUUAGCAAGAAUGGUACACAACCAAUUGAAGUCUGAAAUGUUUAUGAUAAUUAAGACCGUGGGCUAGCUA